AUAAAUAUUAAUCGCAAUGACGACAAAUGAAGGAUUUACUGCGGAUGUGAAAGACUAUAUUAUAGAUAAGAAUACGGAUUGUGGAGUGUGGAGUGUGAGUGGGAAGAAGGAAGACAAAGCUUAUACUUAUGAAGAAGCUAUCAAUUUGGCAGGCAAUGGCAGCUACACAUACGGGCUACUGGCGGUGCUCAGCCUCACGCUCCUCUCGAUGGCCUGCGACAUUUUCGGCUUCUCCUUGGUGUUGGCUGGGAGCCAGUGUGAUCUUCAACUCACGCCGACCCAGAGGAGCACUCUCAUGUCUAUGCCUUUUCUUGGUCCAAUAAUAAUGUCAUAUCCAUGGGGCUACUUCAGCGACACGCAGGGCCGCAGGAAAUGCCUUCUCCUGACUAUGAGCUGUAGCUUCGUGGCCACAGUCAUCAGCUCCCUGUCUCCGAACUGGAUCAUGCUGGCUGUGCUCAAGUUUUUGAGCACCAGUUGUUCCAGUUGCGCGCAGUUUGCGACAUACGCGCUGUUAGGAGAAUCCAGCGGGCAGCGCGAGCACGGGAGCUACAUGCUCAUCAUGACCAGUGUGCUUAUGCUCUCGCCCACCUACCACUAUACGGUAGGUUAUUUCCUCCUAAACAUGGAGUACUCCAUCGACCUGGGCUUCAUCAGCUUCGUGCCCUGGCGUCUCCUGGUGCUGGCCCUGGCGCUGCCCGUGGGGAUCAGCUCGCUGGCGCUGCACUGGUUUUACGAGAGCCCCAAGUUUCUGGCCAAUGCUGGAAGAGAAGACCAGGCGGUGGAACUGCUCAGAAAGAUUUGGAAGAGAAACGGUGGAAAGGAUCAUUAUCCUGUGAAAAAGCUGAUCCUAAAUGAAGACUGUGCGCAGGCGCAAGGCCAGCCGCUGCUGCGGUCUCUUUGGCAACAAACCGCGCCACUGUUCCAAACUCCUCUGCUGUGGAGGACCUUACAGUUGUACUACAUUACUACGGUGGUCUACAGCGUUAACAACAGCAUGCAGAUGUGGUUGCCGUUCAUAGCGAACGCGGUUCUAGCGGGCAGCGCGAGCGAAGGCAGCGUUUGUGAGGUUGUCCUCAGCACGCAGAACAACACCGGUGGUGUUCAGCCGGCCGCUUGCUCUUCAAAACUGGAAUACCUCACGACCAUAUUCGCCGUUGGACAAUCCGUCUCCUUCGGUCUAGUGAACGGGCUAAUGUCCCGUCUCGCUCGCAUGAAGCUCAUGCUGAUAGUUAUACUGGUGGUGGCAGUCGCGUGUGGGACUGGGAUUAUCGUCGUCACCAACAGGGUGGCUAGCUUCGUCCUGUUUAUGGGGAUAAUGUUCACGGUGUUGGCGGUUGGAAUUGUGUCCUCGUACUUUGUUGAGCUGUAUCCGACGUCUUAUCGUGGCAUGUCGGCGUGUCUCGGAGUGGUUGUGGCGCGGGGCAGUGUACUGGUCGCCAUCAACCUCCUCAGCUCCUACAUCACGACGAGUUGCCAUCAGUGCUUCUACGGUUUCACCGCCUACAUCUUCAGUAAGCAAUACUACAUAUCGGCG